GCCACGUGGACCCACGUGGCUCCCAUUCAUUCAGCUGGCGAGUGCGCUUCUUUAUCUGUUGCUGCCCCACUGUUUGAAUCAUCGAGCAAUGAGGCCACCGACGUCGUGUGACACGUUCGUUGCGGUGCAGCGAGGCCAAGUGAUCUUCGGGAAGAACUCCGAUAGGCCGCGAGAUGAGGUGCAAACAAACAGGAAGAUGAAAAUGGGAUGUGAGUCGUGUGUGUAUCUCUCGCUGCAGGUGCAGAAUAUCGCUUUCUACCCGGCCGCUGCUCACUCUCCUGACACCGCUGUGCAAUGCACGCACAUCACUUUACCCCAAGCCCCUCAGGUGCGACAUGGACACACACGUACAGACCGACACCGACGCACCCCAUUGAUGGGUGAAUUGAAUGGGUGUUCUGCGUGUCAGACACUCGCUGUCGUCCUCUCUCAGCCGGCGUGGAUGUGGGGCGGCGAGAUGGGCGCCAAUGAGAAGGGCGUCGUCAUCGGCAAUGAGGCGGUGUGGACCACAGAGGAGGACGGACCCCCUGCACUGCUCGGGAUGGAUCUCCUGCGGCUGGGGCUGGAGCGAGGUGGCUCGGCACGCGAGGCGCUUGAGCAGAUCACCAAGCUGCUGGAACGGCAUGGACAGGGUGGCGGGUGCGCAGAGGAUGACCCCUCAUGGUGAGGAGGAAGAAUGGUUUGGUUGGAUGAUUUGACUGUCUUGUUGUGGUGGCUGGCUGGCCUCAGGAGCUAUCACAACUCCUUCCUCAUCUGUGAUCCGACCGAGGCCUGGGUCUUGGAGACCGCCGGCAAAUGGUGGGUUGCCGAGCGUGUCAAGGCUGGCGAGUCGAGAAACAUCUCCAACGACCUGUCCAUCCGCACCAACGUCGACCUGCACUCAGACGGUAUCCACGAGUACGCAAAGGCGCACAAGGGGUGGGACGGCGAGGAGCCAUUCGACUUCAAGGCCUUGUUUGGCGGUCGUGCUGGGCGCAUCGGUGAGCUACGAGCACAUGUGUGUAUUCAAUCUUUAAACUGCGGACCGUUUUCUCAUCGUUUGGAACGGUGUGCGGUAUGUUCAGGUUCUGAUGGGAGUGACGUCAUGUGUGGCCGAGGUGCUCGCGUCAAGUCGCUGCUGGCUAAGCACGACCCCAUCGAUUUCUCCGCGUCGGCCAGCAUCCUGAGGGACUGCAAGGGCGGCAUCUGCAUGCACGGGGGCUUCUCGUCAACAGCGGCCCAGAUAUCCAUCCUCUCGCCCACCAAGCCAUGCCUGCAUUUCUUCACGGCCACGUGUCACCCGUGUACGUCGGCAUUCAAGCCCCUCUUCUUCCCAAGCGACCUCCGAGCACCGACUGACAGCGUCACACCGAGAAGGCGCUGCUGGGCGAGCGGCAAGCAGGCGGACACCGACACACUCUGGUGGGCGCAUGAGAAGAGGGGCGGUGGGAGGGGUGCUGCUGAGAAGGUGCAGGAGUUGGAGAACAAGUAUCUGCGGGAGGCUCUCAGAUUGCGCGAUGGUGAGAGGAGGGAGAGGGCGUGGUGGCAGCACAGGCAGGAGGGCGGUGUGUAUUGUCGCUUGUUUACAGGUGGGUCUGUGGACGAAAGAGAUGGUCUCUACAUGAAGGCUGUGGAAGAGGAGAUGCAGCUCUACUCGUAGCGAGCGAUUCGUGCUAAGGCCAAGACAGCGAUUCAUGCAUAGUCUGCAUGUCAGUCAG